GAUCGAAGCUGUCGUCAGACUGAUAAUCAAAUCCUGAGGUCUCGAGAACCUGAUUUUUGACAGAUUGAUCGUGUCCUGUGCUGAAGAUGUUUCCAGAACAACAGAAGGAGGAAUUUGUAAGUGUCUGGGUUCGAGAUCCUAGGAUUCAGAAAGAGGACUUUUGGCAUUCUUAUAUUGACUAUGAGAUAUGUAUUCAUACCAAUAGCAUGUGUUUUACGAUGAAAACAUCCUGUGUACGAAGAAGAUUUAGAGAAUUCGUGUGGCUGAGGCAGAGACUCCAGAGUAAUGCACUGCUGAUACAACUGCCGGAACUUCCAUCGAAAAACCUCUUUUUCAACAUGAACAAUCGCCAGCACGUAGACCAACGGCGUCAGGGUUUGGAAGAUUUCCUCAGAAAGGUCCUACAGAAUGCACUUCUGCUUUCAGAUAGCCGCCUUCACCUCUUCUUACAGAGCCAUCUGAAUUCAGAGGACAUCGAGGCAUGCGUUUCUGGGCAGACUAAGUACUCCGUAGAAGAAGCAAUUCACAAGUUUGCCUUGAUGAACAGACGUUUCCCUGAAGAAGAUGAAGAAGGAAAAAAAGAAAAUGACAUAGAUUAUGAUUCAGAAAGUUCAUCCUCCGGGUUUGGACAUAGUAGUGAUGACAGCAGUUCACAUGGAUGUAAAAUGAGCACAGCUCCGCAGGAAUCCUGAAAAAUAAUUCUAAUGUUACCAUCUUAGGAAUAGCAAAUUAUGUCCAGUCAUAGAGAAGAAAGCUUGCUAAUGAUGUAUUCUUACCUAAAGCUCACUGUCAUGAUAUUAGGUAUUUAAAUUCUUCAAGAUGUUGUUGGGUUGUUUAUUAGUGAUAUUUUUAUGUUGUCUUAUUUUGUCUAACUUUCUGUAAAAAGCUAAAAGCCUGUGAAUGCAACACCCUCCUGUAUAGGCAAACAUUAUGGUAAAAUAAGACCCUGCCCUCAAAUGAAAUGAUUUGUAUGUUUAAAAAGACUUCAUUGGUUUUUUUGAUUUUGAAAGACAGGUAAAUAGGUAGCAGUUAAAAUCCAGAUAGAGCAUUCUUUCUGGUAUCAUUUGGGGCAGUGUUACCGUAAACACAGCAUGUAUGAGCUUAACCACUAUGAAGACUGACAGCGUGGACUAGACUGCCUCGUUCAGCCAUGCAGCUGAUAUUACAUGGGUACCUCCUCUGCACUGAGAAAACACUGCUUUUUGGGGUGUUUGACUGAAAUAUUUUAAGAAUGUUUAACCUUUCCAUCAUUCUAUUUCACACUUAGAUGGGAAAUGUAUCUUAUGAAUAGAGAUAUAUUAAAAUAAUGUUUACAUCUUAGAAAACAACAGGACUAGUGCUAGUAAUUUUGCUUAUAUUUGCAAUACACAGAUUCAGGAAUACAGUUUCGUUGUCCAAAAUCAGCUUCAACACAUGGUUCCUGGAAAUAAAUCAUUUGUUUUCAUUAUCACUGUGUAAUUAGAAUUAUAGGUUAAUGAUUUAUUUUCUGACUAAAUGUGCCAUUUCUUAUCACUAGAUAACUUUCAGUAUCGGUGGUUGUUACUUAGCUUUAAGUUAGAAGUAGGAUUUUACAAAAAUUAAUAAAUUCAAUUUUACCAAUAAGUAUUCCCAUAAUUUAGAAAAGGAUAUCAACUUGCUAAUUUCAGAAUUAAUUAUUCAUCUUUUUAAAAAGCCCUUUCUUUUCAGGCAUCUGCCAGAGAAUUGUUAUAAUUUAACAAAAUCUUUUUUUUUAGUGGCCCACAGAGAAAGUAUCUUAGAUAAACUACAUUGCACUUCAAAUUUGAGAUGAAACAGUGUUUUCUUGAGAUAAUUAUCCAAGUUUCUGUCUUGUCGAAUGGUAUAAAAUAUCUCUAAAAGGGAGAUAUUUUUACAUAACUGGAAAAACUUGUUGCUUUAAUUAAAUAUUACCUUACCUCAUUUUAUUUUAACUAGUUUAAAAGUUAUUGUAUUAUUGAAAAGUCUUUGAAAUGCUUGUAACUAAGAAACAACAAAAAAAAUUUUAAUUUAGGGUAAGAAUGAUUUCCAUAAUUUUUCCUUCUUGUUUUUUGUUUGGUUUAAAAUAUUAUUGAACUUUUGUAAGUAUUUUGACUUAAUGUACAUUGGGUCUUAUUACUCUAUCAUCUAGGACUCAUUUUAAUAUAGGAAAAAAAAGAGAUUUGGUAGUUUCUUUUUAUCUCACUGUAAAGUUUUGCCAUCUAGUCAUUUAAGAGCGAUCUCCAGCUCCUCGGCAAUAUAUAUUUGAAUUUCACAUUUCUGUUUUUCAGCAGUUUUGAAAAGCAUGAAAUAUGCCACCAAUUGUCAUAUUAUUUUUAGAUGAUGUAACAAGCCAUCAAAAUGGGUGUGAAGUAAUGCUUAAUACUGUGGUAUGUAAACUUUAUGAGAUCAUUGUUUUCACAUUAAACAUGGAAAAAAAUCAA